AUGGAGAAGAAAGCCUUUUAUCAUCAGAAUGAGUUCUACGAUGAUGAGCAUCGCCAUGAUGUUGAUGCCUUGGAAUCAGCUGAGCUGAACCCCAGCCCUUUCCGCCGCGACCGACUUGCAGUAAGGGUCUUACAUCGUUUCAUCAUCGCCAUCACCGUCGGCUUCAUCUGUUUUACCGCUUUAAGCUGGUUACCUCUCUCUAUACCGAAUUUUCGUCUGCCAUGUCAUCGAAUCUCAAAGGAGAGCGUAGAUGAUGGUCUUAGGUUCCCAUCGUUCAUGGGGGAUGAUGCGGUGCCCCUACGCACGUUCAAGGCACCAGCAGGCAGCAAAAGAAUUCCUCUGGAAGCUCAUAUCAUGAGCAGGUGUCCAGAUGCGCGAGACUGCCUCCGGCAACUGGUAGUGCCCGCCAUGGAACAAAUCAGUGAUAAAGUGGAUUUCGAACUGUCAUUCAUUGCAAGUGUGUCCAACAAGUCUACAGAGGUGAUUUGCAAGCAUGGCCCCACCGAAUGCAUCGGUAACAUGCUCGUCCUCUGUGCCGCGAACCUCCCCUUCCCAUCUAGGGGACAUAGCAUGAGCCGGACCCCUACUAUCCGCUCCCUGGGAUUUGCCAACUGCCUGGUCAGCUCCUACGAACGAAUCCCUGAGCGUUCCUUUGUUGAGCAGUGCGCUUUGGAGCAUGGCAUCGACUUUGAUGCUUUGAACGAGUGCGCCAGCCAACAGGAUGAUGAUCCUGGUCAUGAUGGGUUUGAUAAAGACCCUCUGAGUGGCAUUGCGCUGCUGCGCAAGAGUGCACUUUACAGCGAAUCUCUCGGUAUCAAGACAAGCUGCACUGUUCGACUGGAUGAGCAGGUGUGGUGUGUUCGUGAUGACGGGGUAUGGAAAGACUGUGCGAAGGGAGGAGAAGGCAGCCAGGUCUCUGUCUUCGUGGAGGAGAUCAAGAAGCUUUGGAAGCAGCAGAACUGA